UUCAAUCAAUGGCGUCAGACGACCGCUGGAACUCAGACCUCAUUCGCUGCACAUUCAAAAGACUGACCACUCGCAUAAACAAACACAGGAAUUGAUAUAUACGAGCAGUUGGCUUUUCAUUUGAUUUCAAAACAUGAGAGGUGGGCUCAAUGAUAGCUAGCAGCCUUGCACGUGACUCCUAAAAGGUGUUAGUUUUUUUUUUUUUUCGCCCUUUCGACGUGAUCAAUGGAAACCAACAUAUGGGAAGCUGAAGCCUGAUAGGCUGUCAUCAAGCGUAACCCAAAUGGCCUGUUCGAAUUAGCCAAUAUGAUGAUGUCAUCGCGUCUCCACUUUUUCUUCAAGUUAUGGCGGAGCUGAAGUUUUCAGCCUUGCUUGGCUAUUGAGCAUAGUAGUAUAUUAAUGGAGCACCUACAAGGAGCUUGGAGGACCCUUAGCAAUGGACUUGGAGGAAAAGACUCUGUGUUCGAGGGCCCUUGUACCUCUCCUACCGUGGUCCAAGGUUUUCCAUAUCAGCGUCGUGCAUCAGAUGACAGCAAAAUCGCAGACUCCAAAACGAGCAGCACUAUCCGAGUCUACCUCCCCAACCAACAACGCACCGUAGUGAAUGUACGGCCUGGCAUGACUUUGCAUAGUUGCCUCAUUAAGGCCCUGAAGGUUCGGGGACUUCAGCCAGAAUGCUGUGCGGUCUAUAGGCUCCAUCCCGGUCAAAGGAGUAUAAAGACUCGUAUGGAUUGGAACACAGACUCCAACUCACUCAUUGGGGAGGAACUGCUGGUGGAGGUUUUGGAUCAUGUUCCUCUUACGACACACAACUUUGUUCGGAAAACAUUUUUGAAGUUGGCCUUCUGUGACAUAUGCCAGAAGUUCCUUCUAAACGGCUUCCGCUGCCAAACGUGUGGCUACAAAUUCCAUGAGCACUGCAGCACCAAAGUGCCGACGAUGUGUGUGGACUGGAGUAACAUCAGGCAACUGCUGUUGUUCCCGACUCCCGGUGAAAGUGGUGGCCCAUCUUUUCCUCCCCUGUCGUCCCGUCGAAUGAGGGAGUCCAUUACCAGAGUGCCUAGCGGCUCAUUGCACAGACACUCAACCCCUCACGUCUUUAACUACCCCGCUCCUUACUCCACCUCUGGGUCAGCUCUGUCUCAGCGCCAGAGGUCCACGUCCACCCCAAAUGUCCACAUGGUCAGCACCACCCUGCCCGUUGACAGCAGCAUGAUUGAGCUAGAUUGCCUGAAUACCUCACCUAGUUCCUGGUGCCGCAGAUUUUGCCUGAGGAGAAGAGAUGCAAUGCAAGGUCAUAGCUCAGGUGGAAGCUCUCCAAGUCAGAGCCCAACUGGAUGGUCCCAGUCCAAACCACCAGCCCCCGCACAGAAAGAAAGGGCAGGAUCCUUUGGUUCUCAGGAGAAAAACAAGAUUCGGCCACGGGACAAAAGAGACUCCAGCUACUACUGGGAGAUUGAAGCUAGCGAGGUGAUGCUCCAGUCACGAAUCGGCUCAGGCUCCUUUGGAACUGUGUGGAAAGGGAAAUGGCACGGUGAUGUUGCUGUAAAGAUUUUAAAGGUGACAGACCCUACACCGGAGCAGUUCCAAGCUUUCCGUAAUGAAGUUGCAGUGUUACGGAAGACCAGACAUGUCAACAUCCUGUUGUUCAUGGGCUACAUGACAAAAGACAACCUUGCCAUUGUGACGCAGUGGUGCGAUGGGAGCAGCCUGUACAAGCACCUCCACGUGCUCGAGACGACCAACUUUCAGAUGUUCCAGCUGAUUGACAUCGCUAGGCAGACCGCUCAGGGCAUGGACUAUUUACAUGCAAAGAACAUCAUCCACCGUGACAUGAAAUCUAACAACAUCUUUUUGCAUGAGGGCUUGACCGUGAAGAUUGGGGACUUUGGCUUAGCCACUGUGAAAGCUCGAUGGAGUGGAUCCCAUCAGGUGGAGCAGCCUUCAGGGUCCAUAUUAUGGAUGGCCCCUGAAGUAAUCAGAAUGGAGGACAACAAUCCGUACAGCUUCCAGUCAGACGUUUAUUCCUACGGAGUUGUCCUGUAUGAGCUGAUGACGGGCGAGAUCCCGUACUCCCAGAUUGCCAACAGAGAUCAGAUAAUCUUCAUGGUGGGCCGGGGUUACCUGUCUCCAGACCUCACCAAGCUGUAUAAGAGCUGCCCCAAAGCCAUGAAGAGACUCGUCGCCGACUGCAUCAAAAAGUCCAAGGAUGAAAGGCCCCUCUUUCCACAGAUAUUGUCGUCCAUCGAGUUGCUCCAGCAUGCUCUUCCCAAAAUCAACCGGAGUGCCUCCGAGCCCUCACUGCACAGAGCCUCGCAGACAGAGGACAUAAACUCCUGCACUUUGACCUCCAUGAAGCUGCCUGUUUUCUAGUGCUCACUCUAGGACAUAUGUCUACCUCUGUUAAGCCAUGGACAUAUGGACGGACGGACAAGAACUGUGUCCGCUGAACGGCUGUUCACAAUAUGUGCUUACAGAGGAGGACAUGGCCUCGAGGUGGACGUCUGGAUGUAUGAAGGGAACGCUUGAGAGAGAGAGAGAAAGAGAGAAAGAGGAGUUGCCUUUGGUCUUUUGGUGGCCGUCGAGGGCACUGGUUGGUCUCCCCCUCGUACCUUAUGGCUGAGGAGAAGUUGUCUUCUUUCAGCAGAGGAGCAGAAAUGACCUCCGUGGGGACUGAAGGAAGCAUUGUUUCCGUUUCACUGUUCAGGAGCAGAUUUAUUUUGUGCCCUUAUAAAUUCAAAUCACCGUGCACACUAACAAAUUGACUUUUUCUUUCUCUCUGCCGUCCAUGUCAAGUGGGCACGGUGAUUUUCAUAAAGUAGUUCUUUUUGGCCAUAAAAUGGUGUUAAUAUAACAAUUGAUGGUCAGCAACAGUUAUUUUUUUUUAAAUCCACUUAGCAGUCCUGUACUGUUUUUGAAGGGUUCUUUUUUGAAAAUGUGGAGAUCUUUGUUUAAUGAUCAUGUUUUAUUUUAAUAAAAAAAGUAAGUUAAUCUUAAUUAUCAGUAAAUAUCACAGUUAAACACAGCUUUCAUGUUUUUUGCAGUUCAUUGUUUUCUUUUUUUUUGCCUGGUAGAUUCUCACAAUGCAAUCAGCAGUUUGUGCUGAAAUUAGUUCCAGGGUAUUUCUUGGAAAUAAAACUCGAGCACUUUA